ACUGUAAUUCUGGCAAACUGUCUCGAUUAUGUUAACCAUUAUUUCACCUCUCUAGCAGUUUUCAAUAGCAAAUGGUGGCAUCAUAGCCGUCACUUAACUGAUUCGCGGGAAUGUGACAUUCAAAAAAAAAAACGUUAUAAAUAUGCAUUCCAUCAUCACCAUCGCAACCAAAAGCACAGAUAACUGCGAGAGGAAUGAUUCUUGACGCCUGUGGUUUAAAGCGGCAGACUGCGGCGCCGGCGCUGCGCAUGCGUGUUGCUGACGUCGGUUUGUGUGCGUGUGUGUACACGCGAGUGUGUGUGUGUGUGAGUGAGACAGCAGCGGUUGUGUAUUGCUGCUGAUGAGAGAGAGAGAGACAGAUAUAACUGAAACAUCAUCCGUCGACUAAAAAAACAGGACCUCUCAAUUUAAAUCUUGGAUUUCAGGUUAACGGAUAAAUCGCCGCCGAAGGAUUAAAAUAAAAGGCAACCGCGCUUUAUUUGUUGGAUUAUCGGUGGUCUCGAGCUGAUUUGAUCCCGCUAACAGGCUAAUAACAAGCGCAGGUGGAUGACUCGCGAGACUCGACCUGGAUGUUGGCCUGUUUUUAAGAGAGAUAAACUGAGGAAUAAAACGCCUAGCAUCAAACCAAAUUAAGGAUUUAAAUUAACUCUGACGGGAACCAGAAACAUAUCACGGGUCUUCUUUUAUUUCGAACUGGAAAAUCAAUUGAGCGGGGGUCGUAUGGGCCAGCUAGUCGGCUAUUGGGUUUACCUCAGAUGUGGAGGAUGCUGAUGCUAACAGCUCUAGAACAAUCUAUCAUUUAAAGGUUUUUGUUUUUAGUCCAAUAUCAAAAUGACAGCUGUUUAGAACGUAGUCUGUUGUGCUUAACAUAUAAAAUAUGUUAAGCUUUAUUCUCUCAGACAGCGAGACAAUCCGAGUAAAAUGAUUGAAUACACUGCCUCGUGUUUAUAUAUCAUAACCAGACUUUAAUAAUUACUAGUUAAUCCAGGGAAGUGUCAAGCCUGUUAUAAGUGUACCAUUAAUGUGAAUUUAUAAUGAUUUGCUAAUGAGGCAGGCAGUUUUUUAAACAAGGAAGUUAGGGGUUAUGAAUUAACUCAAAUGGAAUUUGGAUAUACAGUCUGAUAUUGGCAAUGGUAUAGCUUUCUAUUUUAUGUAAUAAAUUCUAAAGUUGUAUUUUUCAUAAAUAAUUUCUGAGUUUUUUAUGAGUAGCAAUCUUAAACUGUGAAGUAAUCCUGUUAUUAUGUGUUGAUUAGGAUGUGGAUCAGCAUGUUUUGAGAAGUCUUAUGUUAAAUGGAUUAGAUGUGACUUUGAAUGCAGAACAGGGAAACGGGGCCAGCAUUUUUUUUUUUUUUUUCUUCAUGGAGAGGUUUGCAUAUCGGAAAAACUAUCUCAGCCCAUAUGAGCUGUAUUACUGCAGUGAAACAUUAUCCCUGUGUCCGCAAAAGUAAACAGUAGUUGAUCAUUUACAGGGAGGUGGACGCUUACGCAUGGGUCUCAACAAGGAUAUUUCUUUUGGUGCGUAUGCUGGAAGAGGCCACCAAAUGCUUUUGAAUUCCGAACAUUAUUACCUUGUGGGAUCAUAACAAAGGAUUGGAAUUUCUGGAAUAUUUCCAUUUGUCAGAGGAGAGAACUCUUCUUUUCAAUGGAGCAAGUUCUCUCCAGCCCUCAGGGGUGUUCUGAGUGGGAGGUGAGCGGGAAAGCUGAGUGGGAAUCUGAGCAGAAUCCUCUCGGAUUUCUCCUUAUGGAUAAAGAUAACAGUUCUGUUGGUGAUUCUACUAAUGAAAUUUUUCAGGAAAAUGCCAUAAACCUAGAUGACCUGUUUUGGUCCUCUCAGUAUUCUGGGCAGACGUAUUCCUGGGAAAAUGGUUUGGAAUGUGUCUAUCCCGAAUGGAAGACUCAGCCUCCUCCUUCCCAAGAUCUCAAAGCAGAGUGUUCUCCUGGAGGUUCGGAAAUUGUUGAUGGAGAUCUCAUCUGUUUUAAUUCUAGAUCUACUAGUCCUACGCUCUCAAACAUACCUGUGCAGAACCAAAACAACUUUUAUGACCUUCCUGAGCAGGUGCCUGAUUUCCUGCAACCUGUGGAGGUUACUGCCACUUCAAACUCUCUAGAUGUGUACACAGGUGAGAUGGGUAUUAUUGACCCCACAAUUCAGUCUGACAAAACACUACUACAAGAAACUCACCUCCUUGAGGACACACUUUUAACAAACUGUGAAUUCAGCCAUAAUUCCUUUGAGGAAAGAACAUUAGUGAACAACGACAGUCAGUGCUUGCUUCCACACGGGACUCUUCUCACUCUGGAAUCUGAAGGUUUGUUGCCCGUUUCUCAUGUGGAGUUGUCAUGUACAGAUACGAACUCAAACCCCAAGCCUUCAAUUAUUUGUCAGACACCUUUAUCUACACCAGAACACAUCUACCUCUCAUCCUCAGCCCUUUCCUGUGAGGCCAUCCCUCCGAGGACAUGUACAGAACCAACUGUCCUGUCAUUUCACGAGGGUAGUGCUCCCCUUCCAAUGGAUGAGGUAGAGAUGUUGUUACCUGGGCUGCUGGUUGGAGCUCUAUACUCUGAACAGGAGAGUAGUAAGCCCUCAGCUAGUAACGAGACCCAUGACGAUGAUCUUCAGAGCCAAGAAACAACAGACGCUAACAUAGAAACAACACAACUAUCUUCUGAAGCAGAGACUGUCUGUAGGACUCCAUUAGGUGAGUCUUGCAUAUCACCUGAACUUUGUGAAGAAGUGUUGUGUGAUUUAUCCACAGAACGCACAUUUGAUGUACCUUUGGAAAUGGUUGGAGAAAAGAUAGAGGAGGAGGUUUCGUCCGAUGCUACAACUGAUAGCGUUUUUUCUGAAGCAAAAACAGAACUCACACCAAUUAUUUUUGUUGAUUUACAAGCAGAAGAUUCUUCAACUGAAAGCCUGCUUGACAACGAUGAACAUAAAGAGUCCACAACAGCCUUGCCAGUCAGAACAUCUGAGCAUAAUGCCUUAAUUGACCUCUCACCUGAAGAUGACAUCUUAUUUGAGGACCACAGUCAGCCCACACAUUUAGCUGAAGCCUUAUCUGAGAUGCCCUGUGAUGGAGAUAUUCCUGAUUCCAUGCUUGAGAUCUUAACAGACAGCAUCUCUUGCGAAGCUGUGCCAUCUUUAGACUCUGUAAUUCCACCUGUGACAGAUGCUGUUGAGCUAACAGAACAGGACAAAUGUGAUGCAAACUCACCCAAUCUUGAAUCUAAUGCACUCACCUUUGAAUUUCAGGAUAAUGUAACAAAUGUAGAAACAGACAACAUAGACAGUGACCCCGAGGCUAUGGAGACACAGCGAGCCGAUGGUACAACCACAAUAGGUAACACAGAAGACUCGGACACACUCAAAGUUUUAGAGAGCUCAGAUUUGCAUCAAAAUCAGGAGGCAACCAGUUUGCAAAUUGUUUAUUUAAACCUAGAUAACAGUAAAGCUGACAACAAUCAAGAACUGAACGCAAUGAGUGAAACCUGUCAGGAACAAGUCAGUGCUCAACAAAAAGAGAGCACGCUUGUGGAAAAUCUCACAACUUUGGACCAACUGAAUGACUCUUUGACUGCAAACUCAAGUGCAAUUGUAAUAGAUACACCUGAAGAAAAUGUAACAGGUCACAAUACACCACCGGAUGUUGAAGAGAAACUUGACUGUGUGUCUUUACAGGGAGGGGAGAGAUCAGAUUGCAGUAUGUCUACUCCGAAUCAAGUCAUACCUCAUUGUGCAAGUAAUCCCGAUUCUUUAGAGUCCACUCCCUUCACCUGUGCAGGUGGUCAGCUGACCGUGACGGGUGGACUUGUGGGGCCGGAUCUUACAGAGACCACAGAGACUCCCAGCCAAUUGCGUGAAGCUACUGGAGAGGGAGAGGCGGAGUUUCCUGCUCGGCUUACACAUCAGGAGGAUUUCCAUCAGCUGACACCAUCACAGAUAGACCAGGCACAAGAGCAACAAGUGAGCUCAGUCGCCCCCAGCUCUCCUCCCUCACACAGAAAUGUCUUUCCCUGUGGAGCCAGCCUGGAUGGGGAGGCCUACUUGACCUUAAUGGAGAAUAAUCCUGAUACUCCCAACAUUCCCAAACAUGCAGAAAUGACUCUGGAUCUGUGCAAGGCCUCAGAUGCUCUAACGACCAAAUCGCUCCAUGACCAGAGGGUCCCUGUGGAUUUGAUAAACGUGCCCAUAGUUUCCUCAACAGCCCAUAAAAGCGAGGAGCAGUCGGCUCUCCGAGCAGUUUUCCAGGCUUUGGAUCAGGACGGGGAUGGAUUUGUCCAUAUUGAGGAGUUCAUCGAGUUUGCAAAAGCAUAUGGAGCCGAACAGGUGAAGGAUCUGACACGGUUCUUGGAUCCCAGCGGUCUGGGUGUGAUCAGUUUUGAGGAUUUCCACAGAGGCAUCAGCGCAAUCAGCAAUGACGGAUCUGAUCCAGACAUCUACAAGACUCAUCUCAGCGCAGUGGAAGCCAAUGGACCUCCAGAGGAAUACGACGAGCAGGCGGAGGUCUCAGACAGCGCCUAUCUCGGGUCGGAGAGCGCCUACAGUGAGUGCGAAACAUUCACGGACGAGGACACGACGGCUCUGGUCCAUCCAGAACUCCAUGAGGAUGUGGAGACCGACAGCGGCAUUGAAAACACACUCACGGAUGGAGACGAUCGCAACAGGUUCACACUGGGCUCUGAUUUGAAUGGCCACACCCUCGUGGCCGUGAUUGGAGGAGAGGAGGAGCACUUUGAGGAUUUCGGUGAGAGUAACAACACGUCAGACCUGCUGCUGACCAAUCAGGUGAUGGAGGGCGGGACCAGAGGGGAGGGAACUACAGAGCCACACCCAGACAGCCCACUGCCCCGCCCACUGAUGCUGCUAUCGCCUAGUUCCAGCAAGAGGCUGUCCAGUAAGAAAGCAGCAAGACACUUGCAGCAGUCUGGCACUCUGGAUGUCAUGGGAGAUCUGACUCAAGACAUUUUGGACCUUGCGGAUCGUGACAUCACAGACAAGGUGCUGCUGUUGGAGAAGCGCGUGUGCGAGCUGGAGAAGGACUCGUUGGAGAGCGAAGAGCAGCAUGCGCGCCUGCGGCAGGAGAACCUCACUCUCGUCCACCGCGCAAACGCUCUGGAGGAACAGCUAAAGGAACAGGAGCUGCACGCGGAGGAGAACUUACUCUUGCACACACGUAAACACAGAGAUGCUCUGAACAAACUCCAGCGAGAGAGAGACCUGGAGAUCGAGAACCUCCAGGCCAGGUUGCAUCAGUUGGAUGAGGAGAACAGUGAGCUGAGGUCAUGUGUUCCCUGUCUGAGAGCCAACAUCGAGAGACUGGAGGAGGAAAAGAGGAAACUUCAGGAUGAGGUAGAUGACGUCACAGAUCGACUGAACGAAGAAAUCGAAUCUCGCAGGAAAAUGGCCGACAAACUGAGCCAUGAACGUCACACAAACCAUAAAGAGAAGGAGUGCACUCAGGGGUUGAUAGAGGACUUAAGAAAGCAGCUGGAACACCUGCAGCUGUUUAAGUUGGAGACUGAAGCGAGAAGAGGCCGAUCGGCCAGCUCCGGCCUGCAGGAAUACAACACUCACAUGAGAGAGAACGAACUGGAGCAGGAGAUACGCAGACUCAAACAGGACAACCGCAGUCUGAAGGAGCAGAACGACGAGCUGAACGGUCAGAUCAUUAAUCUGAGCAUCCAGGGAGCAAAGAGUCUUUUUACAGAGUCUCUCUCAGAGUCGCUCGCCGCCGAGAUCAACAACGUCUCCCGCGCUGAGCUGAUGGAGGCCAUCCACAAACAGGAGGAGAUCAACUUCCGCCUGCAGGACUACAUCGACCGCAUCAUCGUCGCCAUCAUGGAGUCCAACCCCUCCAUCCUGGAGGUCAAAUAAUCACCAUUGACGACCCUACCUGAUUUAUGAACUGAAACGGGAGGCGAGAGGCAUACAGAACAGACUUGCAGAUGAUGUGAAGAAUCCAAUCAUUAUUUUGAUCAAAUGAUUUAAUAAUACAGAGCACUGUUAGUUGAAUGAGUUUCUGUGUGUGUGUGUGUGUGUGUGUGUGUGUGUGUGAACGGCCCUGUCCUUCGGUUCCUGUGACUUCCCUAUGUUUUGGGAUUGAGGUGCCCAUUCCCUCUGUAUAUGUGUUCACAAUUCAUAGAUUGAAUUUCAGGGUAAGAAUCUAGUUUGUUUUAAGUUACCAGUAAGUCUGGUUUAAGCAGUCACACCGUUAGCCCAUGUGAAGGAUAUUUGCUGACCUGAGGGUUGAGCGUGUGCGUACGAUUAGCUCGUAAACGAGUUUUUGCAGAAUGUUAGUGCUGUUUUCACUUGCGUUUUUUCUUUAAAUUUCUUAUUUAUUACGAUGAUGCGGAACGCAGAGGAUCAAGGGAGGCCGAUGCCCACCAAGGGAGUUUGCAGUGUUGCAUUGUGGGUAAGGUAAAAGAUCCUGUGCGAUUUCUUGCUGAGGAUAUUCGUCAACCGCCUCCUGUCCUGGAUUCUUUCCAAAAGACUUUGAUUUUCUGUACAGAUGACUCUUUAAAUCUCACUGGAAAUGUUCAUUGCACUCUGAUUAAUUUUAUUUUGAGAUAAUAUUGUUUGCUAUUUAAAUUGUUUGAAAGAAAAUGAGGUGAAGUUGUUCUAUCAACUUUGGCGGGAAAAAGAAGCGGAGCGGACACUGAAGCACUUAAUGGAAUUCUAACCGUUAACAAACACGGGAAAAAAGAACUUUUGCUUCUUUCUGCUUUUCAAAACUCUUUCCGUCUCUCUCUGGUGAAAUCUGAUGUAAAUAUCGAUCUGGAACGUUUGUAUCUUUCGUUCUUGGAAUCGUAUUUUUAUGGACAAAUGGAAUUAAGAUUCCCUUUCGUUUUGUCUUCCACUCGACCGGUCUCUUUUCGUCUGUUCCAGCGCGCCAUUAUGGAUGUACUUCCCGCUCUUCGGGGACAAGCAUGUUUGAUUUUUCACUUUUUUCCUCCAGAAAAUCCAGUGGAGAGAUUUAAAUGAGUUUAAAUGAAAGAUUAGACCUAAUCCUUCUUAUUGCCUCUUUUUGGAUUGUGGAAAAGCACGCUGCAGUUUACAUUUUUAUUUUCCCUCUUCUCUGCCUCGCGCAUUCUGGUUUUCAAGACCCAUCCUAUCAGUUUUUCUUACAAGACAAUGCUGGAGAACAUUUGAAGAUGAUUCCGCUGCUGUCACUUCUGUAUGGCUGUUUUAAAGCUACUGUAAUGAUACUGAUGGACCUUAAAGCGCGGGAACGCUGCUUCUGUAAACUUUUGAAUACGCGGCUGUCUCGUUUCUUAAUAAGGGAAGACCUGAAUCUACUGCUCUUGAUCUGUCUGAUGUUAAACAGCUGUUGUAUAUGAUUUAAAAUAUGUCAACACACAUUUUCAGUGUCCAAAGACAACAUUUCACCGCUUAGGAGUUCUGCUUGCCACUUAGACUUUAAAAGACUAAUAAUAGUUAUAAAUACAUGUAAAAAAUAAAACAAAAAAAGGACUCCUCUUAAUGAAGGAUACAAUUGUAAAAAAAAAAAAAAUGUUUACUCUAAUUGUUAAGGUUACUGUAUAAAUGAAAGAUAUCAGUAUUGUCUUCUGUUGAAUGUUUUGCUUUCUUUUGAAGAUGCCCCCAUAAGAUGUAUCUUUUACUGUUCGGGGUCUUAUAGAUUUUCAAAUAAUUGUAUGAAGGUUAAAAGAAAAGUGAAAAUAAAAUUAGUCACCAAUAAAUUAAGUGCAAAUAA